CGAACGGGCGUUCUAUGUCUGGGCCGAGGCCCUAUCACCGUUUUGCUGCCCCGAGUAUUCUCUGUAAGAAUAGCUGUGGAUUUUAUGGCAAUCCCUCCUGGAAUGAUUACUGCUCUAUAUGUUAUAGAGAAAUUUAUCUCAAGCAAGAACAACUAUCUCAACCAAAAUCUCCUGGGCUUAAUUUGCCUUCCUCAUCCACUCAAGCCUUCUCUAAGUUUGAAGAGAAAAGAAAACUAAUAACAGGAAAGGGAGCUAAUACAGUCAAAAACAUUUUUAAGUUUUCUAAAGAUGCUUCUAGGACUAAAAGUGGCACAAUCUCAGAGGAGUCCCUGGCAGCAAGAAGAGAAUUCAUUGAUUUUGUCGAGAAACUAAAGCCUACAGUCAGUACAGAUAUACAGAGACAAGUAUUUAGGCUACUUGGAAAUUUUGAAGCAGCGUAUGGUUCAAAGAUAGAUCAAUAUUCUCUCUGGACACAAAGUUUCUAUACGGAGAUUUCUCAUCGAUUUUCAAAAAAUCCCAUAUAUGCGAGCAUAUCUCCUGAGAUGGCUGAUAAAUUGCUCUGUGCAAUCGAGCGAUUCAUAACUACAUGGAUUUAUCCUUGGGCAUUCGCAUCUCAUAUUACUGAUGACGAGGCAGUCGAUUUGAAACUUCAAGACAAAAUCAGAUCUCUUCACUGGGUUACCCCGGAAUUACUUGAUGCGCCUGUCAGCCCAAAAUCCGCUGAGAUGGUUCACUACGAUGCCGCCAUGCUAGGAACAAUCGGCAAAUCCAUUGGAUUAGCACUUGAUCUGAACCAUGGGGCCUGCUGUGUACAGCUCUCGGGAAAAUAUUUUGGCUUUUGGGUGCAAAAAAUGGAAAAUUUGGCGAAUGGACUCUUAGCUGAAAACCCAGUCUAA